GAGAAGUGAACCGCAAGCACUAACUAGCCUCGGCAUAACACGAGCAACUGCCUCGCGACCACUACAGUUUGGUGUAGACUUUCAAGAUGGAUGCUUUCCCCUCGAUAGGUUUCUGUUUCUUUUUCGAAACGGACUAUACAUGCGCCGAUCGCCCAUGCCUGGAAACAGAGUGGAGACUGAUGGAGCUUCCAUAAAUAAGCGCUUAUAUUGGCUGUGAAACGAUGAAAAAAAUCGAUUUUAGUGGAUAUAUUUGGUCCUACAUGUUUGGACUCUCGGGUAUUUUGUAACUUCCUGGUUGUCGUAGUAAUAUGUUAGUCGAAACCGCUGCGAUAGCUCAAAUGACUUUGAAAGGCUCAUUGGAUACAAGAUACAUGGGACUUUAUAAUUCCGCUGUAAUGCUUAAAACCAGAGGCAACUGCUAUCAACGAAGGGCAAAAGGAGAGCGACAGAUUUCAUAAGAGUUCAGCAAUGGAAAGUGGAAAUGGUGUUGCCUCGAGUGAAGGUGUUGCAGUACCUGUGUCAGACACUUCUGACGUUUUUCCAACCAGUAUUUUGGCUCCACUUCAAAGUGCGUACUUGUAUGAAGAAUCAAAGCAGUCUUUCAGAUAUAAGUCCGCAAUCUUGAUUAAGAAUCCAGAACUGGAAGAAAAGUAUAAUGCCUUCCGAGCAAAGAGAAGAGAAGGAGGAUAUUCAGAGGAGGAUUUGAAGGAAACCUACGGGUUUUUGCUGUUUGAUGAUGUCAACAAGGCUCAUGCACUUGGAGAAACGGGUGUUCUCACAGGAAACAGCACAUGUUCAACUCUGGGAGAGCCCUGCAAGGGUGUUUACAUAUCAAUGUACUCUGACUGUUUGGAUCUGAAUCGCUGGUAUCAUGGGAAAUCUGGAUACAUUGCCAUCAUCAGGCUAACAAAGGGGAGAGUUAAAAAGGUUUUAGAGAACUACACCCAGAAUUUCACAGCACCCACUGUGGGGUAUGACUGCCACGUGUCAGAACAGUUGCCCUCAGUAUCUGAUCAAACCAGCUCCUUUCUUGCUUUUGAGAGAACCCAGUAUUUCGUGUAUGAGCUGUUAGAUGAUGGAAGCAAUGAAACGGCUCAGUCUCCCAGUGCUGCCUGUCCUUUUGCUAUUGUAUCGUUUUCAUAUACGGACACCAAAGCAACACCUGUAGCACCACAGGAGACAAGUGAGGAGAAAAAACUGGUUUGUCAUUACUUGCCAUGGAGGGGUCAGCUUCAAAUAGGCACCCAGUUCUAUGAUGUUGGGCUGAGGUCUACAGCAGGGGCUUCGAUUCCUGCAAAACUGCCACCAGUGGUCAAAGCUGACAGAGCCAUUUCCAUGAUAAAUCUGAUGCAGCUCUUGCCAAAGGCUGUCUUUGAAACCUGCUUCUCUGGUGAAGUCUUUGUGGAUGGCUUAUACUGCAGUCUGUUUGAACUUGUUCCUUCUGAGGCGGAAGAAAUCAAUGCACUCUCUCUGCUUCUGCAGGAGGUCAAGGAGAAAGAUCUUGCUCUCCCUGUCCUGCUGAAUGAUGGUGGUUUUCUUAUCCUAAUGCACUCCUCCCAUUUCUUCACAUACGAUGAUACUGGGUCAAAAGCAACUGAGGUCCUGCAAGGCAUGUUUGUUUUUCCAGACUCACGGGUUAUACAGAGAGACACAAAAUCUGGGCAGAGAAAAGCAACUAUGUCAUCUGAAAUCCUUCGGGUUCUACCCGUGCUAAGUUAUGCAGAGGGUGAAAUUGAGAAAAAACCCCUCGACCCAAGUGAAGAACUCAGUGAAGUGUUGGUAAAGCAUAUGCAGAGUUACGCAGCACUGAUAAAUCCUGGGUUGGCAUUAAGUCCCUCAAGGGAAGUCAGCAUCUUUCCAGAUGAGUAUGAUGUGCCGGAUGCCCACAAACACUUCUACUCAUUCCCCGAGUGGACUAACACAGCUUGGCAGAGCUUCAGGUCAUACAUGACCAAACCAGUCUCCUUUCAACUGCCAGUGUCAAAGGCUUCAGAAAUCCUGACAGAUGGACAAGAGGAACGAAGAGAAGACCUUGAUGACGAUGUCUACAUCUGUCUGUCAUCUCCUGAGGAGGCGCCAGCCAAUCCUGUCGACACUGGGUCAGAAGACCAGUUGACAGACCAGAAAUCUCCUGUAAAUAUUGAGACAUCUGUGGACAGUUGUAUAACAAGUGCUGAAGCACAAGUUGACUUAACAGCUGUACUUCAAAAUGUUGUACCAGAUGAUUUGAAAGCUGGAGACAUAACCAAAGACAAUGAAAAAUGUGACCUGACUGUACUGAUGACAACUGUUGAUACAGAGGCAAAAAAUCUCCUGACUCCCCCUACAUCAGAUGACCUUUCAGCAGAGCUGAUUGUCAGCAUCACUUCAGCAGAGCGAGCUGUCACUGAUGAGAGUUUAAGUGUGAUCAGUUCCGUGUCAGCAGCAAAGCAUAAUGACUUUCAGCUUUCUGGUUUUUCAGCAGCCAAAUUGCAAACAGCAGGAGUGAACUCUCUGCAUGAUGAGACUGUCAUAAUCAAAAAUAACAAUUGCCCUGAGGACACCAACUUCACAAAAACGAAACGAAUGAAAAUACACCGGGGACAUUCUAAAGGACUGAAAAAGGCAUCUAAAGCUUGUGUUGAGACUCUCAGUUUACAAACAGUCAAAUUAUCAGGGGAGGAUGACAUCUCGAUGAGUCAGAAGGAUGACCAGGCCAAGGAAUCAUCAGGCCACUCACAACUGAACAAUCCUUUGAAUACUGAUUGGAGAAAAUUACGAAGGCGAAAACGCAAAUUUGGAAAACUAUCAUCUAAAAAUAAGAGAGUAAGAUCUGCUACUGUCGGUUUAGCAGUAGCAGAGGAGAAAAAAUCAAACCCUGGACAGCAGAUCUUGGAGGGCACCAUUUUAAUGGAAUUUGAAGUUUGUCCUCUAAGAAAGAAAACUGAGCGCUGGGAUUUAAAGCCAGUUAUCAGUGAAUGUGGAAGAAUCUUGGUUCCUCAUGGAUCUGUAGAUAUUGCUGAUCAGAUUAAGUCUUUAAAGGAUAAGCUUCAAUGUACAAAAGAUGAAAAGCACCCUGUAAAAAUGUUGGUUGAUGCCUCUGUGAAUGCUCAAGUUGAAAUAGAGCAAGAGUCUAGCACUGUUCCAAAGACAGCAGUGGAUGAAACAGUGGCCACAACAUCCAAGGAUGGAAGGAACCAUCUUCAAAAUGUCAUGAACAGUCAUAUUAAUAUUGAACAUAGCCUUUUGAGACAAUCGGACAAUGGUUCAUUGCCUUUGAAACCAGAUAGUAGUGAGCAUUCUUCUAAGAAUGAUGGCACAGACACUGAUACCUUCUCAUCAGGAAAGUGUGCCACAAAGGGUGGAUUUCUGUUGAGUAAACUAAAAUCAGGUCUUUUAAGUAGAAAGAGAAAAAUCGAUUUCCUUGUGCCAGAGGGAACAACUACAGAUACUGCCGAGAACACUGAGCCUUCUCGCAAGAAGGGUAAUUCUGAAUACGACGCUGAGGCAUUGAAGAAUAAUAAUGCAAUUACAAGUGUCCAGACCACCAAUGUAGGUGUCAAGGAAGUUUCAAAGAUGUUAUCAGUUGACCCUCAUUUUGCAUAUGCCUUAGGCCUGACCCCUAAAGAGAAACCAGAUAAGGUGCACAAAAGUGAGGGUCAGGAUACUCAACUAAGGAAAGACUCAUCCGAAACACAAGAACAAACCAUUUUAGAAAAACACCCUGAAAUCAUACAAAGGCCUCCAUCAAUUUCCCCAAGAAGGGGUAGGAUUAAAACACUGAAAAAGCAUCAAGGGAUCUCCGCAGAAUAUAUUAAAAAGAAAUGGUGGUUGCAUUUUCAAACGCCAGCAUGUUUUGCUGCUGAAAAACUCAAAUACAAAGAGUGUACUAGGGAUUAUUCUUUCAGGAAGACUGUUAAGGAAAAAACAAACAGUUCUUGCUCAUCUACAGAUGCUUUGAACUUACUUGCUGACUUGGCACUCAGUGCCAGUCACGACCAGGUUCCACCACAACCAGACCCAGCACUUGAGAGAAAACCUGAGACAAGGCUGAAGAAGUGUGGCCAUACAAAAGAUGUUGCCAGUGCUGAACAAGAGUCUGUUCUUCAUGCUCUGCUUAGACAGCCUGCUGCUAGACCUGUUGAGCCUCUUGAGUCUCCUUCACCAAGCUAUCUUGUGGGAGACAGUGAAUUGGUUGGCUUAAUAUCUAAAGAACAUGCUUACUCAUUGCCCUCGUCUUCCCCUCUGCUGUUGGGUCUGCUAGGUACACCCUUCCAGGUAUCCCCUUUAAGUGGUUCUACCAGACUGCUGCACCAUCACCAGCAAUUGUGCGGUGAUGGAAUUCAAACACUACACCCCUCUGUAUGUCAGGAAGACAGAGGUGAACGCAACCACAGGACUCCAGAAUACCUGAAAAAACAUAUGGUGUGCAGGCGAAAGUUCAGACACUCCCGCACCUUUGGUAACAAGGAUGGAGCUGUCCAAGUCACAAGGGAAUGGAACGAAAACUAUGACUUUAAUCGAGACAGCAAGUUUGCAUGUGACUCAAACGAUAGAGCUAUCAUACGAGCCUUGCAUGGACCGUGGGAUUUCUCCAUUCAAGACACAGCUGAAGAGGUACAGCUCAUUGUCCACAUGUGGAUAGGUCUAUUUUACAGCCGGUCAACAGCUAGAUUCUUUCACGUUGACUCGAACUCUACACGCCCAUGUUCAGAAGAGAAUGAUUCUUUGGAAAUAUCCAGUGGAAUGGUAUCAGUACCAGCUCAGUCUGAGCUCAAGGCGAAUUCUAUUGGUGCUUUCCCGAAGGUAAAAGACACACAAGACCCUUCAAUUGCAAAAGCUUUGGACCUCAGCAAAAAAGAUAACUCAGUCUUGGACCAAGGAUCUGUGAUUUUGGACUUUUCACUGAGAAAUUCCAGUGCAGAGACUGUCACUUCAGAUCCACAAGUCAACAGAAAAGAGACUUCUGUGUCCGGUGAACAGAACGAAGCAAGUGAAACACUGAAGAGACUCAAGUCAUCCAUGGGACUACAGGAGGCAGACACAUUACAGUGUUACAAAACGAAAGUACACUCUACAGAGAUUAUUAAUGAGGUUAAUGAUGUCAGAAGCAUCCAUGAAAAUGAGAAAACUUGUGGUCAUUCGCAAAAAGCUGGCUGCCUGGAGCACACUGAGAUACCAUCUUUUAAAGGUGAUGCAUCAUUCAUUUCUCCACCAGAAGAGAUGGAAAGUGUAUCCAUUCGGAUGGAAAAUGUUCAGACUUCUUCAGGAAUUGGCCACAUGUUACAUGGAUGCAACACAGAGAAGACACUUAUAAAAGAUGGCAUUGAAAAUUCAGAAACUGCAGAGAUGAGUUUGGUUCAAAAACAUGAAACAGAAUCAUCCAAAUCUGUGACAGACGAAGAGGUUGAGUCCAACAAAGAAGCAGAUGAGGUGGUUCAUAAAGAUGAGCAUGAUGAAUCCAAAGAUGGGGAAAACUCGGAAGUGAAAGAAAACUCAUGCCAAGAAGGCAAUAUAGAACCUUCUCCAAAAAUGAUUCAUACAUAUAAUGACUCUACAAGCAAAGAAUCGGGUAUCAUCUGCAAUGAAAUUUGUUUUGAAAAUGAGACGCAAAAGCAGUUAUCAAGGGAGGAACCUAAAGCAGUCUCACCAGGCCAGGCUGAAAAUGUUAACACAGAUCAGGAUUGUUGCACAGUACAUGAAGGUAAAAUGAUCACAGAUGAAGUUCACUUUGGAAAAGACGAUGGACUUGAUGAGAAAGACAGUUGCGUUUCAGCUUUGGAAGAUGUGGGUGAUUUGAUUAAUCAGCCAUUACUUAUGAUGUGUGAGAGCCCUGAUUCAGUAAAGAAAGAUUGUAUUACAGAUUGUAGUUGCCAAGCAUCAUUUGACAAGCAACCACCACAAGCAGACAACAAAGAAGAUGCCUGCCAAUAUUUGCAGUUGAGAAAGCUAUGUGCAAAUGGCAGUGCAUUGGCAGAUGAACAUGCCAUUUCAGAAAAAGCUCAUCACACUCACUCUGAAAUGGAGCCUGUUAUUAAUGAACCUGCAAUUGAGGAAAAUUCCAAAAAUGAUAUUUGUUUAGCAGAUGAGGCACAUCAGAAGGCAGCAUUACCCAUAUCUGAUGAGAGCACCUGUUCAUUAGAUGGGUCCUUUGCAACUGGAUCUAACCCCCAGUCAAAGGACAGUUUGGAAACAGGAAGCCAAAACACAGUAAUGGCAAUCUUCAAUUUUGGUCUAAGUAGUGAUGAUCAUGAAGAUCAGGAAACCAAAUCAGUUGUGGGAGAGGAAAAAGAUAAUGCAACUCAAGAUGAACCAUUUCAUCACCAGUCUCAUUCACCUCAGUGUGAGGUUAUAAAAACAUGUGAAGCUGUAGAGGCAUUGUCUAAAGAAAAAGAUCUCAAAAUGAGCAAAACAAAUGAGGGAUUGGAAAAAAGUCAUAGUGGGGUUGUAAUUCCAUUUAUUGGAAUAGACAUCUCUGGAGAGGAUAUAGUACAAUCACAUAUCUCUCACCUUCAAAGCAAGGUUGAAGAAGUUGCUCAAGGCCAGAAAGGAAUACCAUUAAUCAGUGGAGCUAAGUACCCUGACUUACCCACAGAGGUAUGCAGCACAUCUGAAAUGUACAGUAAAAAGGAGGAACUGUCUACUGGCAAACUUUCUCCUCUUGAUGUAAAUGAAACCAACCAACCAAUAGUCGUGGGAAGUGGAUCUGAUGACAGGUGCCCUACCCCAACUAUAGAUGAGAAGCCACAUGAGUGCAUACCUUGUUCUGGCUCUAGCAUCAAUACAUCUACUUUUACUAGUAAUGAAACCUACAAAAACAUUAGUCAAAAAUGUUUUAGCAAAACCUCAACCCCUAUAAAGGAUGAGAUGCCUCUUAAGCAAAAACUUUGUUACAAGUCUACAGAUAGCGGUCAUCCCAACCCUCCUUAUGGUCUUCAUCCUGAUCUCGAACUAAGAACUCCAAAGGUUCUGCAAAGUAUAGAUAAAUACUUCUCCACAUCAAUCCACACCGUCAAAUCCAGCGAGAUUGAAACAGGUAGUAUGAAAAGCUGUCUUAAACAAACCCCUAAUCUCAGCAGCAAGUACAUCCCCCCUUGCUUAGCCCCAAGCCAAACUUUGGCUGACUUCAAGGACAAGAACAUAAGCAAUACAAAGCCGAUGGUUGUGUCAGCCUCUACCUCACAAGAUCUGCACAAAGAAUCAUCAGAUCACUUUCUUAUAUCACCUUUCAAAAGUAAAUUAGAGGAAGUACUUGGUGUUAGGUUGCAGUUAAAGAAAACGGACUCACCACUUCCUCAGCACUAUUUUGGAAGAACAGAUAAGGUACAGGAAACCUCUAUAGGACAAGAUUAUUUUCAUUCCUACUCACCUAUUCCAUCUACUGAGUGUUUGAAAACCAUUAAACCAAAUAUCGAGCAAGAUAGGCAUAAAAUAACAUCACAGUCCAGUUUAAGCCGUGAACCCCGUUCAUACAGUGAGCGUCCUGUCAUGGCUGUGAAGCCCUCUAAGAGUGAUGAAAGUCAAGCAGAUUGCAUCUCUAAAGAUGGACAAAUAGAUUAUUCUCCGAAAAAUAAACAGACAAAAACCCCUGCAGUCACAUACACCACACCCAUUACUGUGCCCUUGGAGAACACAGAAAGUUUCAAAGCUAAUUCUGGACUAAAUGAUGAUAAGCAAGAGCCCAGUGGCUUUUCUUGCAAAAGAAGUUGGUUGUCAAAUGUUAGUGACAGUAAAUCUAACUCGCAUAAAAUUAAAUGUGCACUUUUAGAUCCUUCAUAUAAGUACCAAGGAAGGGACAUUUCAAAAUUCAACAAGAUUUUUUCAUCAUCCCUGUCCAUGCAGUCACUUGAAUCGGCAAAAAGUGAUGGUCACCAAAGUUUCUUGACAUAUAGUUUACAUGAGAAAGUUGGGCAAACAACUAAAGAGAACAUUGAGAUGGAUCAGAAAGACUGCUCAGAGGCAUCAACUUCAUUUGUGGAUUACAAAGACAAUCGCAUAGUUGAUGAUAGUCUCAUCUUGGGACCUCAAAGCUCACUCUUAUGUACAAUCUAUAACACCAACCAGAAGAGAUCAUAUUCUUUUCUGGAACAAGUUUCUCAGAGGUGCCUACAAGAUGACCUCACUCGGGCAUCAAUGGAACAGGAGUGCCUUAUCUUCUCAGAACAAAUGAAACAGCUUUUGAAAAGGAGUAAGAGAGGAUCCAUCCGCCAACAGGACAAACAUGAAAAACUGAAGUUGUCUUGUGCUAGUCCUGUGACCAUGCACUUUUCCAGUUUAGAAGAGCAGGAGGAUUCACUGGAUCUCUUAAAUGCACCGUCACUUUUUGGACAAAAAAUCAAGGUAGACAUGUCUGACAGGAAAGACAUGGCAGACUCCACAGAGGAAGAAAAGACGUUGCAUCCUCAAAAAUUACCUCAAGGAACAGACGAGGAACAUGCUGGAGUUUCUGGUGGAACUGCAGAAUGUGCUAGGUUGUACAAGGCAAGGAUGGAUGACGUUUGUGCUCACAAAAAGGUCGCAUGUAGACCUAGGCACUUCAGAAUCGACAGAGGUUACAAAAACACUGAACCAAGUAACCAUUUUGACUUCUGUGAUCAAAUGAAGAGAGAGAUGGAUGAGACCUUUCGAAGUAAUCUGAAUUCAGUUGUGAAGAAAUCCUGUAAAGCAAAGUACAGAUUCUACAUAUUAGUGACUUCAGAUGAUGCCCUCUUUGAGGAAAGCAAGGCACAGUUAGAGGCAGAGGGCCAUACUGCCGUACAGCCAUCUGAGUUCUUCCUUGGUGAGGGUAGUUCUUCAUCCUUACUCAUCAUCAUCAGGAAUGAAGACAUUGCAGAGCACAUUUGUGAGGUCCCACAUAUGCUUGAGCUGAAGAAGUCACCAGGUGUGCACUUUGCUGGAAUUGACGAACCAGAUGAUGUUGUGAAUCUCACCCAUCAGGAUCUCUUCACGCGGGGGGGGUUUGUCAUGUUUGACAGAGCAGCAUUGGAGCCCCUCAGUCUUUGCAACAUGAAAAAAUUCUCAGAAAUCCUGCGAGAGCUAAGCAGAACGGGGAAGUGGAAAUGGAUGUUACACUACAGAGACAGUCGUCGGCUGAAAGAAAAUGCGAGGUUGAGUGCAGAGGCAAAAGAGAAGAAGCACUUCUUAAACUCUUGCCAAGACACCGGAAUACUGGAGGUCAUGCCUUACCACGAGUGUGACCUCAUGUCAAGAGAUCAUCCUGACUAUCUCACAUGUUUGGUUCGCUUGCAGGUCCAGAAUAUAUCAGCCCGUUACCCUGUUUUUAUAACUGAUGCAGCAACAGACGGUGCAUUUGGGAGAAAUGGAAUCUUAACAAUGACUGUAAACUCUUUCCUGACAAUGUCUCCAAGUGAAACAUUUACAUACUGACCUGAAAAAAGUCAAAUGGGCAAAUUCAAGUAAAUGGCAAUAAAAUGCUGACUGAAUGUCAGGAAAAGCGAGUACUUCACCACUAAUGACGAUUUCAAAUAUACAACAUUUAUUAUUAUUCUUCUGCAAACCUAAUGGUUCAGCCCUUUUGUAUGCAGUAAUAAUUAGUGAUUUAUGAUUUAACAUAUUUUGUAAACUGAGUUAUCAUUCAGUUAAUGGAUAGAGUGACAGUAAUGCCAAUAUACCGAAAGGUGUGCUGUACAUACUUUCAUUUGUACUGUAUUUUUGUUGUAAAUUGUAUUGUAAACUUGAUACAAAAAAAGGGGGAUUUUUACAUUGUAUAUAUGUUCUGCUAGCUCUUAAUUAUGACUUAAUACGAUUGCAACACAAUCAAUACAAGUGUUUGUUUAAUGAUAACUUUUUUUUGUGGUUAAAAGACGGAACGAUUAUUUUGAAAAACUUUGUUGCAGUACUUUGUCCAGGCCUUGCAACAAAGCUAAAUUAGGCUGCUUUCAAGUUGUGUGUUACAUAUUUAAAGUUACUAUUAUACACUGUUAAGGUUGCUGACAGUGACUCUUAACUAUUGUUGUAGCAUAACAAAUAAACAUUAUUACUAAACGCUAUAUAUGUUUAAUUUUGUUGGCACUGAUUCUGCACAGAACAGCAACUGAGAAUAAAGAGAUGUCUUUAAUUGUUUUGCUUAAAAACAUAAAUGCUGGAUGAAGAAUCUACGCUUGAUCGUGACCACUCUCACUGCACUAUGUGUUCCCACUUUCAGAGCAUCCUUAAAGCUACUAGACCCACAACAUGAUAUGGGAAAUUGUUUCAGAUGACCAAAGAACUGUCUUUACUUAACCAAAUGAAAAAAUAAACUAAAAUAAAAGUCUGGAUUUAGUUUUGGCAAGGAAAAUGAUGUUCAGCUUUAUGAGAAUA